GAUUUUAGUCACAAACACAUUCCCGCUUGCUCACUUCGUUUGAAUUUUUUGAUCCGAGUUACAAAUUCUCAAAGAUCCAACAGAGAAAGAAUCUCUCUCUCUGGCUAUGGCUCCUCACUUCGUUUUCCCACAGAGCCUCAGAGAACUAGAAGAAGACCACGAAGAUAACCGCCUUUACGCUCAGAACUCCAUCGAUGUCGCUUCGCUUCGUUCUUCUGAACUCGAAGAGUUCGUCAAAGGUGUUUCUUUUGAUCUUUCUGACAAGGAGCUCUUUUGCAUUGAAGAUCAAGAUAUCUUUGAUCGUGUUUAUUCAUUGAUUCGUGGUUAUGCUAGUCUCCCUUCAUCUUGUAAAUUGAAUCUCGUAGAGAGUCUUCGAUCCAAUCUCAGUGUUCUUCUUCCAAAUGUUGAUUCGCUCACUCGAACUCAGGAUGACGACACUCUGGUGCACGAUAGGGUUGCUUCACAUCGUAAUGCUUUUAAAAUCUACACAUUUUUCCUCAUCAAUGUUGUUCUUGCUGAGGAGUCCAAUGCUGGUUCCAGCAACAAUCCGAAGGUAAUAGCAACUACAAGGAAGAAACUUAUCAAAAACUCAUGGAAUUGGGAGCCUCAGAGGGGUAGGAUACUCAAUUUGAUUGCUAAUUCACUAGAGAUCAACCUUGCGUUGCUCUUUGGUUCCACGGACCCAGAUGAAAACUAUCUGUCUUUCAUUGCGAAACAUACAUUCUCUAUGUUUGAGAAUGCAAUUCUUUUAAAAGACUCCGACACAAAAGAUGCUCUAUGCCGUAUAAUUGGGUCAUGCGCUACAAAAUACCACUACAUGGCACAAUCGUGUGCUUCUAUCAUGCACCUAAUUCAUAAAUAUGAUUUUGUUGUUAUCCCCAUGGCUGAAGCAGUUGCUGGUGCUAAGAAGAAGUAUGCUGAUGGAAGCCUGGCCAGUGCCCUUGUCAGAGAGAUUGGUAGGACUAACCCAAAAGACUAUGUGAAGGACACUGCUGGGGCUGAAAAUAUUGGGCGUUUUCUGGUAGAGAUUGCUGACCGGUUGCCAAAGCUGAUUUCAACCAACAUUGGAAUCCUGGUCCCACACUUUGGUGGGGAAUCUUAUAAGAUAAGGAAUGCUCUUGUUGGGGUUCUUGGAAAGUUAGUUGCAAAGGCGUUUAAGGAUGAUGAGGGUGAAGUGAGUUCUAAAUCAGUUCGUCUCCGAACCAAGCAAGCCAUGUUGGAAAUUUUGCUUGAACGGUGUCGAGAUGUUUCAGCUUAUACUAGGAGCCGCGUUCUUCAGGUUUGGGCUGAACUGUGUGAAGAGCAUUCUGUUUCAAUUGGUUUGUGGAAUGAGGUUGCAGAAGUUGCUGCUGGAAGGUUGGAGGAUAAGUCUGCAAUUGUCAGGAAAUCUGCACUGAAUUUGCUUAUAAUGAUGUUACAGCACAAUCCGUUUGGCCCACAACUUCGAGUAGCUUCAUUUGAAGCAACCUUAGAGCAGUAUAAGAAGAAGCUGAAUGAGCUUGAACCAGAUGUGCCUGCAGAAAGUGUUGAGGAUGAUCUACCUUCUGAUAAUGAUACUUGCAAUGAAAAUGGUGAAGUUCAUAACAUAGAUGCUCAAGUUCUGGCUGAAGAGCAGCAGGAAAGUUCAACUGAUAGUUGUUUGACUCAGAUGGAAGAAGAGAUUAUUCAGAAGGAUAAUUCUGUGCCAGAUGUUGGGAAUUUGGAGCAGACCAGGGCCUUGGUUGCAUCACUUGAGGCUGGCUUAAGGUUUUCUAAGUGUGUCUCUGCCACAAUGCCUACACUUGUUCAAUUAAUGGCUUCAUCUUCUGCCUCUGAUGUUGAGAACACAAUUCUCUUGUUGAUGAGGUGCAAACAGUUCCAGAUUGAUGGUUCAGAAGCCUGCCUCCGCAAGAUGUUGCCACUGGUAUUUUCCCAGGAUAAAUCCAUCUAUGAGGCUGUGGAGAAUGCCUUUGUUACAAUUUAUAUAAGGAAAAACCCAGUAGAAACUGCAAAAAAUCUUUUGAGUCUUGCCAUAGAUUCAAAUAUAGGAGAUCUAGCAGCUCUGGAGUUUAUUGUUGCGGCCUUGGUGUCCAAAGGUGAUAUAUCUACUGGCAUGAUAUCAGCAUUAUGGGAUUUCUUUUGCUUUAGUGUUAGUGGAACCACUGCAGAGCAAAGUCGUGGUGCUUUAUCUGUCCUUUGCAUGGCGGCAAAAUCAUCCCCUGUUAUUCUUGGUUCUCACUUACAAGACAUUAUUGAUAUCGGGUUUGGUCGUUGGGCUAAGGUGGAUCCUUUGCUUGCUAGAGCAGCAUGCUUUGCUCUUCAAAGAUUAUCUGAUGAUGACAAGAAAAAGUUGCUAUCAGUUAAUGGCAGUCGUGUAUUUGGUAUGCUGGAAAGCUUAAUUGCAGGAUCUUGGCUUCCAGAGAAUAUAUGGUAUGCUGCUGCUGAUAAAGCAAUAGCUGCCAUAUAUACAAUUCAUCCCACUCCAGAAACACUAGCUGCUGAUAUAGUGAAGAAAUCUCUUAGUUCUGUGUUUGAUUGUAGCGGAGGAGAUGAGUUGCACAAUGACAUUGACAGUGGUAGUGCCAGCAUACUUACCACAGUGCAAGUUGCGAAAUUGAGUAGAUAUUUAUUUAUUACAAGUCAUGUUGCCAUGAAUCAAUUAUUAUAUGUUGAAUCUUGUGCUCGAAAGAUCCAGAAACAAAGAGCUGCAAAAGAAAAGGCAGAUAUUGAUCGUCACAACUUACAAAGUAAUGGCAUAACACCUGCUGAUACACUUAAGGACAAUAAUAUCAAUGCCGAGCUAGGUCUUGCUGCAUCUGCAGAUGCAAUGCUUGAUACAUUAUCUGACAAAGCAGAAAAAGAGAUUAUUUCUGGUAAUUCCAGUGAGAAGAACUUGAUUGGACAUUGUGCACCUUUCCUGUCAAAGCUUUGCAGAAAUUUUAGUCUGAUGCAAAAGUAUCCAGAACUACAAGCAUCUGGAAUGCUUGCUUUAUGUCGAUUUAUGAUCAUUGAUGCAAAAUUUUGUGAUGCGAACCUACAGCUUCUCUUCACUGUCGUGGAGAAUGCAUCCUCAGAAACUGUUCGUUCCAAUUGCACUAUUGCUCUUGGAGAUUUGGCAGUUCGGUUUCCUAACCUGUUAGAACCAUGGACUGAGAACAUGUAUGCCCGGUUACAGGAUGCUUCAGUUUCUGUUAGGAAGAAUGCUGUUCUGGUGCUUUCGCAUCUCAUAUUGAAUGAUAUGAUGAAGGUAAAAGGUUAUAUAAAUGAAAUGGCUAUACAGUUAGAAGAUGAAGAAGAGCGCAUUUCAAGUCUAGCCAAGCUUUUUUUCCAUGAGUUAUCUAAGAAGGGAAGCAAUCCAAUAUAUAAUUUGCUUCCCGAUAUACUUGGCAAAUUAUCUAUCCGGAAUCUGAAGAGAGAGUCUUUCUGCAACAUCAUGCAGUUCCUAAUUGCUUCCAUCAAGAAGGACAAACAAAUGGAAGCUCUUGUUGAAAAGCUCUGCAAUAGAUUUAAUGGAGUUACAGAUAUCACACAAUGGGAAUAUAUUUCUUACUGCCUCUCUCAGCUGACAUUUACUGAGAAAGGAAUGAAAAAACUCAUGGAGUCAUUCAAGACAUAUGAACAUGCCUUAUCAGAGGAAUCUGUGAUGGACCAUUUCAAGAAUAUAAUAAACAAGAGCAAGAAGUUUGCAAAACCAGAACUGAAAUCGUGCAUUGAGGAGUUUGAGGAUAAACUUAAUAAAUUUCACGUGGAAAAGAAGGAGCAAGAAGUGACUGCAAGAAAUGCCCAAAUUCAUCAGCAGAGAUUUGGUAGCACGGAAGGAUUACCAGUAUCUGGGAACAAUGGAGAAGAUGGUGCAGAAUCUGAUACUGAAGGGGCCACUAAAUCCAGAGCUAAGAAAAGCAGCAUGAAAGAUCAAAAGGGCAAUGUUUCUGCAUCCACCAAAAGAAGUAUUAGGUCAAAGCGAAGGUAGAAGAAACGGUGUGAAAUUAUUCUGAUCAAUCCUAUGUUUUGUUUUUUUUUUUUUGUGAAUGGAAGCAAGAAGUUGUAGUUGUUUUGUAGAAGGUGUUUGUAUUGUAAUGAUUUGAUGUAAUACUGUUGCUUGAGUUAGGUAAAAGAGUACCAAAAGGGGCAGGGUGGGGGGUUGGGUGGAACAUAUUACAUAUCUAUCUGACCAGUAGAAAAGAAAGAUGUUUGUAAGUGAGUCAUGUAUAUAUCUUGCCCUGCUUAAUGAAGACACAAACAUUAGUAGUUCUCA